AUGCACACGAAGACCUACAAAGAAUUUGGCGGUCGCUCUCGAGACCGUGCUGUGAACUCCUGUCCCCUGAUCGAUGAUCGUUCCAACUCUGCGUCACCAACGCGACGGCAGCCUCACCCGGCGGGCAUGCAGGCUCUUGGGGGCUUCCUGGGCCAGCCAAUUGGGAAUGAGGACCGCGUCUUAGAGUGGCCGCCGCCAGAACCAAGACCCUUCUUUAUGCGACCAAUGAUUACUACCUUUACAGCAAUGUUUGGAACUCGUACGUUCCCCCCACACAACCCAAACGUGUGGUUUUUUGGGCCUACAGCAAACGUCCAACAACUUGUGUUUGACGAUGGACCGGACAUUAUUGAAGAGGGUGCUCCACCAGAGCUAGCUCAUGCCCAGAGCUCUGGCCUUCAUCGGACCUCCUCUCAACUCUCUCCCUCAUCAAGUGGCGAAGGGAGUAAUGCGGAUGACUCGCAUUCAUCACCUCGUGGUUCACUAGUUAUUCAUAAUGUGGGUGCCAGCAUGUUCUUAGAUGUACCCGCAUCACAGACCGAGACAGGUGAAGGCCCAGCGACGAUACAGCAAACGCGGAGACGGCCUGAUCAUAUGGACGUAGAGGAAGACGGCUACAUAGUCGAAACACCUGGCAUCUCAACAGUACCCUCGUCCGAGAAUAUCCACGACGUUAUACGAGUGCAGCAGAGGAUCGUCGAGCCACCUCCGCGUCAGAUAGUCUUUAUUGUAAUGGACACCAACCGGGCUGGAGCCGAUUUAGAGGAUUCCUAUCCCUACAUGAUGAAUGAUAUUCAAUGGGCCAUGCAGCAACUCAUCAGUGGAAUGAGCAGUGAAUCGACGGAUGGCUGA